AUGUCGCACGUCGUCGUCUUCAACUCGUACGCGCGGACCUUCAAGAUCCCGACCACGCCUACUAAGUACUUGACCGAGGUACGGGACGAGGCGUGCCAGAAGUUUGGUCUAAACAAGGACCAGUUCACGCUCAAGUACAACAACAAACCAAUCUCGCUCUCUCAACAAAUACGGCUCGCGAACCUGCCACAGGGCGCCCGAUUAGAACUCGUCCAAGCCUCGCGAUCACCCACCGUCAUCUCCGUCGCCCUACAGCUUCCAGCGAGCGAGAAGAAUGUACGCCUGACCCAAAAGUUUGCGAGCAACACAUCGUUGUGGGAGAUUCUACGCCACUUUGAAAGCGGGGACAAGGCCAAUUACAACUUCACACAGCGCGGAGUGCCUGAGAUGAGUGGCACGUCCGGUGCUGGUAGAUUGCACUACGAACAACCCGUCAUUACCGUCAUGCCAGGCCACAAGGAGCAGGCGAGCUUUGUUGAGCUACAGCAGACGCUUAGUCAACUGGGGUUUGAUAGCGGAUCGGCUCUGUUGAAGCUGUCCUAUAGGAACAGUGGAACACCGUUGGAAGAGGCCAUGGCGCAAAUCACGCAGUAUUUCAAGUCUAGCGAACCUGCUUCUGCUGGUGCCAAAGGCGUACAUGCUUCAACCUCGGAUCAGCUCGCUUCAUUACCAGAUCCUGCCCAGGCUGCACCAGACGCCACACAAACUAUAGCAGGCGAAACUGUGCGCAACGAAGAGCCGGAUCCAGAACCGAUGCAACUUGACCACAAACCAGUUGCCCAACCGACGCAAGAAAUAGACGUCUCGACUGAGCAUUAUGCGUCUGAAAGCAUCGAGAAUACAUCUCCCGCAGCUGCAUUGGCCGCAGCAACUUCGGCCACUUCGUCGGCGCCAGAAACAGCAGCUCAAGCUUCGUCAGUAACCGUGGACAAGGCAUCGCAACCUUCAGAGAACAGUCGCAACGUCCAGAUCUUCUCUGCGCCAAAGUCCUCUACUCCACAAGCAGCCCGCAAUGCGUUCAAUGAAAACGACUACCUCCCUACCAUUGAGCACGCAAAAGCACACCAGAAUGCGUUGCUGAACAAGACACGCAACACCCGUCUACUCUCCGAUAAGGAGCUCGAGGAGCAAGAAAAGGAGCGCCAGGCAAAGAUUGAUGCGGCAGCUGCGAAAGGCGGUUCUCUUCGAAUACGCAUGCCUGAUGGUACCCUUAUCCAGAUGUCCUUUAACAGGUCUGACACCGCAGCCGGUCUAUACGACUUCGUACGUAGCUUUCUAGAAAAGAAGAAUGAGCCCUUUCAGCUCAAAAACACUGGCCCAACGGGUCGUCUCGUCCUUAUCCCACAAGACGACAAGCGGUUGGUCCACGACCUGCGCUUCUUCAAUAAUGAGCUUAUUACAUUCCAAUGGGCUGAUCAUGCGAGUACUGAGGCGCGGGCGUCACGAAACACGCUAGCAAAAGAGUGGCAGGCCAAGGCGCAAGAGCUAAAGGUCGAGGAGCCGGUUCGCGACGAGAAGACGUCGGCAGCGGCAGGACAGGGACAGGGACAGAAUGUUGCUGAGGGUAAGCGGAAGGCAAAUAUGAGUAAUGAGGAGAAGGAAAGCAAGCUUAAAAGUCUGUUGGGCAAAGGCUUGUUCAAGAAGAAGUAG